CGCGAUUGAGUGGUACAUACCAAGACAAUCCGUACCGGAACUGCGAACUACGUGCUGAAUUUGAAAUAGCUGUAUAAAAGCCAUUGGGUCCUUGUCGAAACUAUCACAAUCUCACCAAACGUUCUCCAGUGAACACCAGGAGUAAAAAAAACAAACAAAAUGGCAUCGAUGAAAGUGGUGUGUUUGUUUAUUGCAUUAUUCGGGGCAGCCAUGGCUCAGCCAUCCAAACAAGGAUUUUGGAAAGGAACACCGAUGGACGGCAUGGUCGAGGAGAUGAGAUCUGGCUGCGCUGAAGGAUCCGACCCAACUGCAUGCAUCAAAUACAAAGUUAUGUCCUUAUUAGACAGUAUCUUCAAGAAGGACACUUUCCAGAUCUCGGAUGCCGUUGAAGUAACGAAGAACGGUGCAGGUAACGAAGCCACCGGUCGUUCUACAGGCGACUUCAUGGACUCCAUCGAAAACUACAUCCAAUCGCACGAUGUUACCUUCCAAUUGCCUAUCGCUGACACUAAGGUCACGGUAAGCCCCAGAAACCUUGACAAUGAUGAAUUGAGCCUCAACAUCAAGUUCAACAAGGAUGGCGCUCGUUCAGUCGGCGAGGCUCGCAAGGCUAAGCUUAAGAAGAUCAUUGUCCCCAUCCUGGUGUUCGUUCUCCUCAAGGCCAUGACUCUCAUUCCUCUAGCUAUCGGAGUCCUCGGUCUGAAGGCUUGGAACGCCCUGCAGCUGUCGUUCUUCUCUUUUGUCGUAUCCGUCGCUCUGGCUAUCUUCCAGCUCUGCAAGAAGUUUACCCAGAUUGCUGCGGACAACUCGCACCCGCAGAUCGCGGCUCACGGACCCUGGGAUGCAGCCUACGCUGCCACUCGUCACAGGAGAGAGGCUGAGCCCCAAGAGUUGGCUCAAGAACUCGCUUACAACGCAUAUCACUAAACAGUCCUUUUAAGACGAUAUGGGGGAAUACCAAACCAUGAAGACCUCUUUUAGCAUAUUUAAGCCUUUAAAAAUAUACGGAAAUGGCCCUCGUGUCUUCGAAAUUGGAUAACGAUAACCGACCGAUGAUAACCCGACAGCCGUCUGUUUGUCUCCUCGAUCAAGCAAACGGGUACAAACCAAAAAGGUUUUUCGAAACCAUGUAUGUAAAUAGUGUGGAAAUAUUAUUUAUUUAAUUGUGUGCGUGAAUGUGAGUGUGGUUGUUAUUUAUUGUUUAAAUAAA